AUGAACAGAGCAGUCGAGCAGGAGGAUCGCAUAUACCGUGACUUCGGCUCUUCAGAUUUCUCAGAUGUGGCCAUGAGCAAGUCUGACUCCUUGCACAACCAUAGGGACGCCGUCAUAAAAGCCUUGAAUCAAGUCUCAAUCCCAUCGAACUCCUUACGAUCCGCUAUCAUUCUCGCUGGUAUGAAGAGGUGUGAGAGAGUUGUGAUGAACCAGUUGAGGCAAUGGCGAGAUGAGAAGAAGCGUGGAGAUGCAGAGAAGGUUGAGGGCGAGGGUGCACCUGAGGAUGAAGACUUCUCGAACUCGGAGCACCUUCACGAUUACCUUCGUGGUCUGGAAUGA